UCGAAUCCGGCCAGGACGGCGGUGCCAGCGACAAUCAGGCCCUGCCGGCGUCCGAGGCGGCUACCAAGACCGGGCUGGAGCAGAUCGAUCGAGAAAUAGUGCGACUUCGUCAGCAGGUGGAUGCCAUGUCGCUGUCGUCGUCCUCGGAUGAGCAGAGCUCUGGUAGCGGUGACGGCGCCCCCCGUCUGUACCGCGCGGCGGGCCCUGGCCAGCCGGCCGGCGCUGUCUGGACCAGUGACCCGCCGGACUCCAGAACCUCCUCCCAGUCGAGCCCGGCUCAGCUGGCGGCCAGCGGCGGCGGCCGGGCCGAGCUGGUGCUCUCGCUGCUGCAGCUGCUGCGCUCGGCCGACCACCAGCUGGUCAGCAGCACGCUGCUGACCAUGACGUCCAGCACGGAGAGCUGCGCGGCGCUGCGAGAGCCGGUGGUGCCGAGCCGCCACCCCCCCACCCCCGCCCCCUGA